UGGUGACAUGCAUUAAUUGACUUAGUUGAAAAAAAAUACUAUAGAGUAUUCCUUCCCUUUUCCGGUAAACUUUUACAAUUUUAUAAAAAUAAAUAAUGCAAAUUGAUUGAUGGUCAAAUAUUCCCCACCUAUCAUCUAGAUCAAGCCCCAUCACAGUGAUCACAUAUAUAGUACCUAUGGACUAUUGCUUAAUUAUGCAGGAAGCGUGCAUGGUGAUUAAAUAAAAUAUAUAAUAUAUAAUACAUAAAAUACAAUAGCAGCAGGAAUAUAUUUGUAUAAAUAGAGUAUGAAAUGAAGGCCAAAAAGAGCAAGAUUUAAGAAGAGAGAAACAAGCAUGGCUGCUAAACAUUCACAUAUUGCCGUGGAUGAUGAAGAAUGCCAAAGCAGUAGCAGCAAGAUUCAGCCUCUCAACGCCACUCCACCGCCUCGCGAUUGGAAUGGUGAUGAUGAGAGGAAACAACACCAGACUCUUACCCUAAGUGAGCUGCUCGGCCUAAACGAGCUUUGCACAUCAGAGGUAUGGCGAGCAUCGGUGGGAGAGCUGAUCGGAACGGCGGUUCUAGUAUUCAUGCUGGACACGAUCGUGAUCUCGACGGUGGACGCCGACAUCAAGAUGCCGACCUUGGUGUUGUCGGUGUUGGCGGCCGUCAUCAUCACCAUCCUCCUCCUGGCCGUGCACCCGGUCUCCGGCGGCCACAUCAACCCCAUCAUCUCCUUCUCCGCCGCCUUGGUCGGCAUCAUCUCCAUGGCCCGCGCCCUCGUCUACAUCGCAGCGCAGUGCCUGGGCGCCGUGCUCGGCGCGCUGGCGCUUAAGGCUGUCGUGAGUAGUACCUUAGAGCAUACUUUCUCGCUGGGCGGUUGUACCGUGACGGUUGUGGCGGCCGGGCCCAAUGGGCCCAUCACGGUGGGCCUCGGCACGGCCCAGGCCUUCUGGCUCGAGAUCUUUUGUAGUUUUAUCUUUCUCUUUGCGUCGAUUUGGAUGGCCUACGACCACAGGCAGGCCAAGCAGUUGGGCCUCGUGCUCGUGUUCACCAUCGUCGGGGUGGUUUUGGGCCUGCUGGUGUUCGUGUCGGCAACGGUGACGGGCCAGAGGGGCUACGGCGGGGCCGGGAUGAACCCGGCCAGGUGCAUCGGGCCGGCGAUAGUGAGGGGCGGCCACUUAUGGGAUGGGCAUUGGGUGUUUUGGGCCGGGCCGGGUAUUGCUUGUGUGGCGUUUUAUUUAUACACCAAGAUCAUUCCAAGCCAGCAUCAUAAGGCUAAGGCUUAUGACCAUGAUGUCUACAACGUUUUCAAAGUUAUGUUUGGAACCAAGACUAUGUAAACAUUUUUUUCUUUCUAGAUUUUGGUUUUAACAUGUAUCUUUGCCCCCAUUAUCAAAUGAUAAUAAGUCGUCUUUGAAUUAUUUCAA